AGCAGGGUCCCACUUUGAAAUGUUGUUGUGUCAUGUGUUGAAGAAGUGAAUUUGUCACUUAAAGAGUUUUCUGAAGCUCUCUAAUAAAAAAGGAAUCAAUCAACCGUUAGAUUUACCGUAAACCUUCGUGUUUACGUUGAAGUUUAAAGCGGGCUCGUGCUGUUUGUGGAUGGCUGUCGUUAGCUUACUGUAGCUAACAGUGAUGUCCUCGUCGUGGACAGAGCGCCAGGGAGAGGUGGGAGACCUGGGACACCUGAGUAAAGAAGAACUACAUGAACUGCUACUCCGACAAGAAAGGAUCCUCAGUAACAAGAGGUUAUUGCAGACGCUACCUGACAAAGGGAAAAAGAUAAAAGACUUUGCAGAUAAAGUGCGUCUUGCCAUUGAUGACCACAGUGAGGAGGAGAGGAGACGAAGCCUAGUGUCUGUUGCGAGGACAGAGUUACAGUCCAAGUACCAGCAGGCUUUUGCUCACCGGCGUGCUGCCUCCAUCACACCAGCAGCCUCGCAUCAAAACAGGCAACAUGACGCUGCUGCAGGUGAUGCUGCACAGGAGAGCGAGACCUCACCUGCCUCAGCUCAAGUGCAAGAAAACCACACUUUGGACGAGCAACGAGAGCCGCUUGUCUCCGGAGCGACUGCUGUGGAAACCAUGGAAACGGCGGGUCGUGGGGCCUCUCUGAACUCUGAUGAAACAAAAGAGGGUGACCUUGUGGAGGCCCUGGAAAGGGUCACGCUGUCUGGAACAACUACUGGUGGCAGCAGCGUAUCCAAAGAGCCAUUAAACAGCAGUGCAAGAGACAAUUACUUUCUCAGAAAGCAACCACCAAAGAAGCCUCACUAUAUAACUGUCCUGGAAAAAACAGAGAAGUCUGCAGCUUCCAGGAAGCAAAAAUUUAAACCAAAUCAGCUGCCUCAUAGAAGUGACAUCUCUCCAUCAGGAUCCUCGUCACCCAGUCAGUCCUCUGAAGGCUCAUCGCCGCUGUCUGCGCAAGCCAGGAGGGAGCAGGACAGAAAACACCUGGAUGACAUCACUGCUGCCAAACUCCCCCCUCUCCAUCACAAUCCAGCCCAGCUCCUAUCUCUGGAGGAGUCAGCUGCACUGCUGAAGGAGCAAACCAAGAAGCAGCUGGAGUUGCAGGCCAAGCUGGCAGCCCAGAAACUGUCUGAAGGAUUGAAGAUCUCUAUGGGGAGCUACACUCCUGACGGUGGCCCCAUGGCUGCCUACAGAGAGGUUCACGAUGAAGGAGCCCAGCUCUCCUCAGAGGAAGACUGAUCCUGGAGGGCCAGCUGGGGAAACCAGUGUGACCUUGGCCCUGAGGGAAAGAGGCUUUGGACCUUGUGAUCAGGACCCAUCAGACAGGAUUUUCACUCCAAGGGCAACAAUUCUUCAGAGAGGAAAAGGGUCUUUUGCAUGGUGUGAAGGAAUAGUCGGUAUCCCAGACUCAGCUCAGGAAAUUGAAUGACAGGUUGAGAAACUAGCUUACUUAAUUGUCAUUCAGUCUGUAGUGGGUUCAGUUGUUUCAGCGUCCUGCAGGAAUAACAACACCUUCCGCUGACUACGACGCUUAAGUGCUAAAUUUGAAACAUGUGUCAUGUGGGAAAGUGUUUCUUGUCAGCAUGCUGAGACUGAUGACAUCAUGGCUUUCGGAUCCUGAGAGUGCUGUUUGCUGAGGUUUCUGUUUUUAGUAUUUUUAAUAAUUCAAUUCACUUAAAGCUCAUCAGCGGUGACUGUUUACAGCUUUGUGGAGAAGCAGACGUGAGCCUGCAAAUAGUUAUGUCAAACUUCAAUGUUACAGAAUGUGUAACAUGAACAAAUAAAUC